GCAACGGGCGGCGGGGGUCUCCGGAGCGCGUCCCCCCACCGUAACGCCUACGAGGCCACCAUCCAGGCCCUGGCACCCACAAAGGAGGCUGAUGGCGAAGAUGGCAAGAAAAGCCGGGGUAAGAAGUACGGCUCCAACGUUCACCGUAUCAAGAACAUGUUCCUGCAGAUGGGGACGGCGCCCGGCCCCGAGGGCGCCUGCGACCUGGCCAAGGCCAAGGAGAAGCCCGUCCGUCUCUCCUUGCCCCGGGCCGGCAGCCUCAGCGAGAGCAUGGACCAGGGCAACCUCCUCAAGCUGGGCACCAGCGUCUCGGAGAGGGUCAGCCGGUUCGACUCCAAACCCGACAAACCCUUCUCCAAGCUGCAGGAGACCCGUAAGAUCUUCGAGAGGAGCCCGCAGGAGAAGGCCACCACCACCAAGCUCUUGCUACGUAAGGAACGAGCCGGUUUCCAGGACCGUAAGCUGGACGUGGUGGUGAGGUUCAACGGCAGCACCGAGUCCUUGGACAAGCUGGACGCCGAAGCCGUCUCGCCCACCGUCAGCCAGCUCAGCGCCGUCUUCGAGAAGGCCGACCUCCGUAACAACCUCCAUAAGGCACCGGGGCGAGCGGGAGGACCGCUCAACGCCACGGUGGUGGGCAAACGCCCUCGGGUCUUCUUGCCGAGCCCCGAGGCCGGACGGUCGGGUGAUGGCCACGCCGCCCCGGCCCGUGCCCGGCCGCCGGAGGAGGAGAAGGCAGUGGGGAAGACCAGCCGGCCGGCGGAGAAGGAGACGGCCACCCCGCGGGUGCAGGAGGUCUGCAAGAUCAAGCCGGUGGAGGUAGAGGAGAGCAGCGAGGCCGAGGAGGAGGAGGAGGAGGAGGAAGCCACGGAGGAGGAGAGCGACGGCGGCGGGUUCCUCAUCGGGCGGGAGAAGCCGGGGGAGCAGAGCGAGGUGGCGCAGCUGAUCCAGCAGACGCUGGAGCAGGAGCGGUGGCAGCGGGAGAUGAUCGAGCAGCGCUACACCCAGUACACCGAGGAUGACGAGGAGACGGGUGAGUACGCCACGGAUGAGGAGGAGGAGAUGAGCCCCAUGUUCCCCAGCGGCGAGAUGGCCAUCGAGGUGUUCGAGCUGGCCGAGAACGAGGACACGCUCUCCCCCGUGGAGAUGGACCCCGAAAAGCUGGUGCACAAGUUCAAGGAGCUCCAGAUCAAGCAUGCCGUCACCGAGGCCGAGAUCCAGCAGCUGAAGAGGAAGCUGCAGUGCCUGGAGCAGGAGAAGGCGCGCUGGCGGGCCGAGAAGGCCCAGCUGGAGCAGAGCGUGGAGGAGAACAAGGAGCGGAUGGAGAAGCUGGAGGGGUACUGGAUGGAGGCGCAGAACCUCUGCCAGGCCGUGGACGAGCACCUCAAGGAGACGCAGGCCCAGUACCAGACCCUGGAGCGCAAGUACAGCAAGGCCAAGAGGCUCAUCAAGGAGUACCAGCAAAAGUGA